AUGACACUGACUCUCUCAGAGGCUGAAAACCUUCUGUCAUCUCAGACAAUCCCAGACACCGCACUGAUACCUCUCCACACGUUUCCCAUUCAAGACGAGUUUAUUUUUCGUCAUGAAAAUGGCACAGAAAUUGAACUUUACAACGAACAGCGUCUUCUUCAAGAUUUAAACGAAAGGCAACAGCAGUUUAGGUCCUGGGUGAUCGCACCCUUAGAUAAUCUGACAACAGCAUUCACUAAACCAUGGUUGCUUCUAGUUCAGACUCCCGAAAGCUUGGAUAUGAAAGGGUUUCCAACAACUACAGAUCGGUUCCGAAUCGAUAUGGUGUCAACUGUCAAGAGAAUGGGCGACGAGUACUCACUUGUGCAUUUGCCAGCUACAAGAAUUCCGAACCCGUUUGAAUCAGUUGAGACAAUGCAACACCCCAGGAUCAGUGUCUUCGCAGCCUUCAAAGUUGAUGUGCCUCGAUCCUGGAUAAACUCUGCUGGAGACAAUGUAGAAUUGGACUUAAUGUCAGCAAUUCGAAUAGGCUCUGGAACUGAUGUCACCGAAAUAGCCCUUCGAGAGAGUGACUGCCAGUUGCUGACCAUUGAGUGGGACGUUAUGUCUGUCACUUUCGAAGCUGAGCUAGAUGCUCUUCGGUACUUCGUUAACGAGAAGAAGCUCAAAGAUAAAGGUCCUACGAUGAAGUCUCAACGAGCGUUUCAUAUGAUUCAAAACUUUCACUCGAGCUGGAAAGACUUUUACGACCUUCACAAAGAUUUCCCGCAGCUAAACAAUCCAAAUUUAGCAAAAUAUGGCGUUCCGACAGAAAUUCUUCAACGAUACAACGCCUUCAAUGAAGAUCAUCUGCGAGCAUUGAAUGGACUUCAACAAAUACCAAACGGACUUUACUUCGUUAAUGGUUGUCCGGGGUCUGGAAAGACAGAGUGGAAUAUGAUACUCGCAGGCUUGAUACAAUGUUCAAUGGCGCAAAAACGAAGAAAAAGGAGAGCCCCGAUUUUGUUCCUAGUCGAUAUCAACAAGGCUGUCGACGAUGCAGCUAAGAGAUACUAUUCGCUAUGUCACAGAGCUGGAGUCAAACUUCGGAUCGUGCGUAUGCAUGGCUGGCCACUCGAGAUGCGAGAGAGUGCUAAGCUGAACGCUUCAGGAGCAACUGCAAAGCAAGACAAUUCCGUUGUACCAGAUUUUACCCAUAGGUUCCUCGUGAUAGCCGGACUUGCGAAACACACCACUUUGUCAAGAAACUCCAAUGCUGUGCCAACUUUAGACGAGGCAGCUUGGGAGUAUUUUGAGGAAAACAAAGACAUGUUCGCGGGUCUGCAGAAGCUUCUGGGAAAGUUGGACGGUGGUGUAGCCUUGGCUACUACUGAUUGGAAGCAUAUAAGAAGCCACGUCUCCAGGCUCUACCACGCAGUUUUGACACGGACUGAUUUCGUUGCAACCACGCCUGUCGCCGCCAGUGGAAGAUUCUCCAAGUUCUUUCAGCCAGACAUUAUAUUCGUUGACGAAGCAUCUCAUGCUAGAGAACUCACCACCCUCAUUCCAUUGGCAUAUUUUACCCCCAAGGCUUGGAUAUUCACGGGUGAUGUGAAACAGACACAGCCUUUUGUGAGAGACGCCAGAGAAACAGGGAAACAGAUCGGGCUCAGGUUCAACCCAUUUGCUCAGCAACUGCAACUGAGCACCAUGGCGAGAGCAGAUCAUGUGGACGCCAUCAAUAGCAGGUUACUUAUCAACAAGCGAGCAUUCGGGAACCUCCACCGGCUGCCAUCUGCAAUGUUCUACGAGGGGAAAAUGAUUUCAGGUUACACUGACGCCUCGAGAUACCCCGAAAGUGUGGCUCAUUUGACCAAGUAUCUCCAGAAACUGAAUAAUGGACGUUACCUAGGUGAAAACCGAAUCAUUGUCAACAUGGAAUCCAGCAGUGAAGACAAACGCCGAGAAAGUUACUGGAACCCGGUACACCAUGGAUGGGUUCUCUCGCAAGUAGAAAACUUGCUGCAGGACGAAGGUUUCCGCGAUCUCAGAGAUCGAGAGACAGGCGGCGCAAUCAUGAUUGCAACUCCUUACAGCACUGCGGUAAAGGAGUAUCAUGCGGCGGUGAAACGUUGGCCAGAGUCAUGGCAAAGCAGAGUGCAAGUUUUGACAGUGGAUAAAGCGCAAGGGAAUGAAGCCGACGUUGUUUUUCUAGACAUGGUCAGAACAACGACGGCAGGGUUCAUGGAUGACCCAAAAAGGUUGAAUGUUGCUAUCACAAGAGCACGCCAAGGAGAAAUCAUCAUGAUGCGCAAGGCAAUGGCGUAUAUUCCUCGAAAGAAUGGCCGAUACCUCCGAAGCAACUACCUGUCACAAGUUUGGGAUGACACACUAUCACAGAAUCGAAUUGUGACGAUACAAAACCACCGCGCAUCUGUAAUGUAA